AUGGACAAACCAGAGCAUUACACUUGUCAUGAUCUUGAAUGUGUAUUCUGCAUCAGUGCUUCAAGCUUGGUGAAGAACCGCUAUGAAUCAUGGUUGUCAUCUAAUGGAUUCACUCUAUCUCCCUUCCACAUCAGAUGGCACACUGGCAUCUUCAACCAUCUCUUUGCCAGAUGUGCCCAUCUCAACCCUCGCUUUUUGUACAUCUGGAUCAGUGCUGGUAUGGUGUUUGGAGGUCUGCCGAUGUUGUUUGUGUCUGUGGUUCUGCUGAGCAAAACUUUACCUCAGACUCUGAGUCAGAUGUUGGCAGAGCCAGAGGGAUCCCAUGAACAAAUCAUGCAAGUGCUGGUACCUGGUGUGAACCUGCCUGUCAGUCAGCUGGCCUAUUUCUUCAUUGCUAUCUUGGUCAGUGGCGUUGUACAUGGGUUUGGCCAUGGGGUGGCAGCACUGAGGUGUUUGGCACAACUUCAUGCUAUGUGUCAUGGCCCUCAGCUUCCUGAUCCUGCUGCCCAUCAUUCUGUUUCCCUUCUACUACACUGGAAGGGCUCUCCCUCGAGUGGACCUCGUGGGCUGUUUUUAGGAGAUCUAGUCACCCGGCUGGAAGAUUGCACUGUUAGGGGAGUGCAAGACUGGCACAACUGUGUUCAACAUCUGUCCCAUAAUCCUCAGACAGGCUACUGCAUCCAUACUGCCAAGCUACAACUGGAUGGAUGGGAGAGGUAUUGACUAGCCUAAUAAAUAAAGAGAAUUCAUUGCUUAGGUUAAAUGUUCCUAAUUCUAACACAGCUCUUUGAGUACUUGAUUCUGAUUUGUCAAUCGCUGUAUUCUGUGGUUAAAUGUUUUUGUGUAAUGACUGUUAAAUUGUAUAAGUAACUUUUAUCCCAAAGCGGCACAUUAAUAUUUCAUGCCCAUUUAUUUAUUUAUUUGUUAAUUAUCCAUGUAAUAAGCUGGAUGAUGUACAGUCAGCUGGUCAUUAUUGCAAAAUAAACCCCUUCAAGGUGAUAUCAGGUUUAUUUUUUUAUACACAAUUUAUUUUUACAUAUAUUGGAAAAAUAAAAUAAAAAAUGUAAGCAAAUUUCAGUGAUAUAACUAUAUUAUUAAUUAUAUAUAAAAACAAACAGACAUCACGAUAAAUACAUAAAACAGACAAAAUAGCACCAAGAAAAAGAAAUACAAAAAAUGUGACAACAACAAAUCCAACAUUAACACAUUCCAUUAAAUUAUUUGAUUUGUGGAUAGGAGAAAUCAAGGUUUAUUUUUAGACAAUAACCAUCUGGCUGUAUGUUAUUCGUUAAUAAUCACAUUAUCAUGCCUGGCCAAAGAACUGAAGGUAAUAUUUGAUAGAUGAUGCGUCUAACUCCUGAUUUCUUUCUUCUACACAGCAUAUAAACGCCUUGAUGGCACUAUCGAGUGCUGUAGUAACAACAGUAUGACAAACCUCUGCUUCUCUUUCAGUAAUAACCGAGAGCGCAAACUGGUAAGACGGUACACA